GAACCGAUCGGGGCCUCAGGCAGGAGGGAAAGAGGCAGCCUCGGGUGUGCAAGUCCCUCCGGUCUGGGGAAGGGAAGAAAGGAAGAGGUGGCGCGGAAACCCAGGGAGAACCCGCUGCCUCGGGCAGUCGCGAGCCUCUCCUUCAUUUUGCCUGCCUUCUAGGGACCGCUGGAGCUUGUUGGAUCUAGGGGCGCAGUCCUUGAACGGCCGGUGUCCAGCUCUCCAAACCCGACCCAGGGGUUGGAGGCUCCCGCUGUGAGUGCCGCCGAAGUGGGCAGCGAGCGCGAGCCCGCGAGGAAAUCUGCUCGGUCCCCGGCAGCCGCCGCUGCCCCUUUGAUGUUUUGGUACGCCGUGCGCAUGCGCCUCACAUUAGAAUUACUGCACUGGGCAGACUAAGUUGGAUCUCCUCUCUUCACUGAAACCCUCAAUCCCAUCAAAAACUAAAGGGAUGUGGAGAGUCCGGAAAAGGGGCUACUUUGGGAUUUGGUCAUUCCCCUUAAUAAUCGCCGCUGUCUGCGCGCAGAGUGUCAAUGACCCUAGUAAUAUGUCGCUGGUUAAAGAGACGGUGGAUAGACUGCUGAAAGGCUAUGACAUUCGUCUGAGACCAGAUUUUGGAGGUCCCCCGGUGGCUGUGGGAAUGAACAUUGACAUUGCCAGCAUCGACAUGGUUUCUGAAGUCAAUAUGGAUUACACCUUGACAAUGUACUUUCAGCAAGCCUGGAGAGACAAGAGGCUGUCCUAUAACGUAAUACCUUUAAACUUGACUUUGGACAACAGAGUGGCAGAUCAGCUCUGGGUGCCUGACACCUACUUCCUGAACGAUAAGAAGUCCUUUGUGCAUGGAGUGACUGUCAAAAACCGCAUGAUCCGCCUGCAUCCAGAUGGCACAGUCCUUUAUGGCCUCAGAAUCACAACCACGGCUGCCUGCAUGAUGGACCUGCGGCGGUACCCACUGGAUGAACAAAACUGCACCUUGGAAAUUGAAAGCUAUGGAUACACCACCGAUGACAUUGAGUUUUACUGGCGUGGGGAUGACAAUGCCGUAACAGGAGUGACCAAGAUUGAACUCCCGCAGUUCUCCAUCGUGGACUACAAACUUAUCACCAAGAAGGUUGUUUUCUCCACAGGGUCCUAUCCCAGAUUGUCCCUCAGCUUUAAGCUUAAGAGAAAUAUUGGCUACUUCAUCCUGCAAACAUAUAUGCCUUCCAUCUUGAUAACCAUCCUCUCCUGGGUCUCUUUCUGGAUUAAUUAUGAUGCUUCAGCUGCAAGAGUGGCCUUAGGAAUCACAACUGUGCUAACAAUGACCACAAUCAACACCCACCUCCGGGAAACUCUCCCCAAAAUCCCCUAUGUGAAGGCCAUUGAUAUGUACCUAAUGGGGUGCUUUGUCUUUGUUUUCAUGGCCCUUCUGGAAUAUGCUUUGGUCAACUACAUCUUCUUUGGGAGAGGACCCCAACGCCAAAAGAAAGCAGCGGAGAAGGCUGCUAGUGCCAACAGUGAGAAGAUGCGUCUGGAUGUCAACAAGAUGGACCCCCACGAAAACAUCUUACUGAGCACGCUGGAGAUAAAAAACGAAAUGGCCACAUCGGAGGCAGUGAUGGGACUCGGGGACCCCAGGAGCACCAUGAUGGCCUACGAUGCCUCCAACAUCCAGUACCGGAAAGCCGGGUUGCCCAGGCAUAGUUUUGGCCGAAAUGCUCUGGAACGACACGUGGCACAGAAGAAAAGUCGCCUGCGGAGACGCGCCUCGCAGCUGAAGAUCACCAUCCCCGACUUGACUGAUGUGAACGCCAUAGAUCGGUGGUCCCGCAUAUUCUUUCCAGUGGUUUUUUCCUUCUUCAACAUUGUCUAUUGGCUUUAUUACGUGAACUAAAACAUGGCCUCCCACAGGAAUCAAGGACUAGAUUCCUCCUCAGAACAGUUGUACAGCCUGACGUAAGACUUGGAAAACACAUCAAUCCAGGACAAAAGUGAUGCUAAAAUACCUUAGUUGCUGGCCUAUCCUGUGGUCCAUUUCAUACCAUUUGGGUUGCUUCUUCUAAGUAAUGAAUACACUAAGGUCCUUGUGGUUUUCCAGAUAAAAUGCAAAUGAUUUGUACCCAUGAUGGCGAGAUUGAGCUUGAGCAUUCCAUUUUAUCUGCAUAGUAUGCAGCUACUCAGAGGGGAAUCAUUGAGAAGAUGGUCUGAGUAGGCUCAAUAGCAUUGUCAGUCAUUUUCCUAAGACGUGGUCACAUCCAGAUACUCUCUGUGUUCAUUUUCAAGGUUGGCAUGCAGUUGAGAUGGCACUGUGCUCACGGAACACUCUCAGCAAUACCAUGCACACAUGUUAAUUUGAGAUGGUCUGUGCCUGUGUUAUCAAGGUGAUCGUAGUGUCAUGGGGAGAUAAUGGCCACUGAACUGGUAGAUUCUCGUAUAGUUGGAGCAGGAUUAGGGUGCGGAGACAAAGGGACUGGGGUCAAGGCAGAGACUCAGUCAACCAAUUUGACCAUUGUCUGUGUUCGAGCUUUGAGAAUUAACUAGGAUGUCUUUCAUUUUGGCAUUUAGAGGUAGGGACUCUUCUGAACAUUAUCAUACAUGGAAGCCAAAAAGAAUAUUUUGCAAAAAGCUAUUUCCUAGGUGGAUAAAAUAAGAGUUAACAACACAGAGCAAAGUCAAAAAUCCAGAAAUGAGUGUUGUAACAAAUUUAAAGCAAGCAAGCAUAACCCUUAUCACCUUCCCACAACAUCUGGCCUGUGCAUACUGUGUCCAGUGGCAAAGGGUAGAGAAAGAGGGAUUUAUUUUCUAGCAUUAUGAGAGAUUGACAGCAUAUCUAAAGAGGUUUUUAUACUUUAUAUAAUCAGAAUACAUCCAGGGAAUAGGAAAGUUAGUGGAACUAGAAGUAUCUUAGAUGUUCAGGUUAGAUUGGAAGUCAUGCGGAACUGUAGAGACACAGGCAUGGCUAAAACACAGGUUAUCUUCCUUAGAGAGUGCCAGGUGUCUCUGCAACAUUUCCCUCUAAGUUUAUUUUUUGAAUUUAAUAGGGUAUUUCAAAAAGAGGAUUUGUUCAUUGCUUUAAAGGAUUAAUGGUCCUCUUCAGCUUUUCUUGCUUCCAAAAUUCUGAUAACAUUCUUAGGAGACAGGCACAGUAAGCCUUUGGGAGGCCACGUGAACUAUGUUUUCAUAUGUGCAAUGAAGUUCACCUUUAUAUUUUUGAAAGCAAACAAUACUUUAAAGAGUAUGUGCAUGAAAAGAGUUUGUGGGUUCACUGGGUUUGAUUUUCUUAAGGGUGCUUCCACUCUGUCUAUUGCGAUCUGCUUAAUCAAGAAAAAUUUGAAAGCUAGAGAACAAUAGGAUAACAACAGAGCCACAUUAAUGUGUUGAAAGUAAUGAGCCUCCGUUGAUAUUGCAGGAAAAUAUAUAACUGAUAGUUAAGUUGAUGUGGUGUAUUGGUUUUAUUCUAUUUUAAAUUACUCCAUUUGCUUCUUUUUAUACUACUUGGACAUAUGCAUUCAUAUGUUGGACAGAAAUGACAAUCGGCUGAUAAUAUUUUAUUCCUAUCAAUGUGAGGCUCAUAUUUUGCUUUUCGUGUAGAAAAUAGUGAAUGGCUAAAUUUUCUGUAAAGUUGAUUUGACUGAACUUUUUCUCAUAAGAUGACUUUGCCUUUUCUACUUAGAAAACAAAAGUCUCCUCUUUUCAAAGUAACAUUCCUAAUCAUGCAUAUGAGCCAAGGCCAGUUACCUUCUUGUGGAUAAAAUGUGUGUUUUCUUCCCCCUGUGAUUCAAUAGUUUGGAAUAUUAUGGAGUCCUGUUGCUCUUCUGCUCCAACUAUUAGAGAAAAACAACAUAAGAAAAUAAAAAGUUUGUCAUUCAACUUUCUGAAUUUGCCCCAAGGUGGGAUGAAAUUUUUUUCAUCAGACUUCCCUAGAAAGUCUGGCUCUCAUUUUCCAUUACAUACUUGAACACCUCUGAGUAUAAUCUCUGGGCAGAAUCUGACCAAGGCUCUUCCCUGUAGGCUCAGAGUAGAGAUUUCUCAAGUUUCUCCAGGGACAUGCUUUUUCCUAGGCAAUCAUUUAUUGGACAUCACACUAAUAAAAGUGCCUGCCCCUUGUGGCCAGGGGGUAAAGUUUGAGUAGAAAUAACAGGAAGGAGCAUAUCAAUAACUCAGGGGCACAAGUCUAAAACGUCACUUCAGAAAAAUUUUUCUAGACAUAACUCAGAGCCCAAGUCUAGAAGCAGGCUCUGAUUUGCAUUUUCCAUAAAAGCCAUAAAAAUUCUUAAUAUUGUCAUUUAUGAUUACAACAAAAUUUUGGAUGUCCAGGCAAGUCAACAAUCUAAAUCAUUGCAGAGGGAUACAUCUUCAUAGCAUGAGCCUCAGAUGCAUAUGACCAGGAAUUCAUUUCUGCUCUCAGUGAUGUAAAGAAACUAGGCAAAGGAAAAAAGAUGGAACCUCAGAAUGUAUGUCAUAGAUCAAAAGUCAUAUAUUGGUACUCAGUAAACAUAGAUAGAAAAAAACCUGACUCAUUCUGUCCAGAAAUAACAGUAGAUGUAGAAUUUAUUCUAAGCUACAUGUUUAGUUGAAUUUGAGUACAGUCAUCAAAUGCAAGGAAGGGUGCUAGGCCUGAUAAAUCCAGACAACUAGUCAGCUUGGUAGCCAGUAGUUAAACUAAAGGACCACAAAGGUGUGUUUUUGCAAUUCUGAUAUGGUAUUACUAUCAGUUUAUACAUAUGUAUAGUUUUUCUUUUGAUUAUAAAACUGCAAGAUAGCCAGCAAUUAAGGUGUUUUCUCAUCUUUGUGAAAUUCAUAGGCAAUCUGACUCUAAAAUGCACAGUCUAAAUGAAAUCUUUGAUCUCAACCUGUAUAUAUAUAUUGUACAUGACUGCUAGUAGGUAUGAAAUGCACUUCAGAAUUGAAAACUCAUGCAACAUAAUCAUGUGUUUGCAAAGGAAUGUUACAAUUCUUUCUACUGCAAUUCAAUAACAGGGGAAAAGACUCAAGAAGUGCCAUCUAGACCUUUUCUCAUGUCUUCAAAAGCAGUGCUAAGUAAAAUAUUACUACUACUACUGAUGAUGAUGAUUUGUAAACCAAAAGACUUUACCUUCUAGCAUUAGGAAUACAAAAAAAAAAAAACUCAUCAGCUUACAAAAGCACAACACGUAAAGAAAGUGCAGUGGAACGCAUGCAUAAUGGAGAAAGGAACCACGUUUAUUUUAAGCAAGACCUGCAUUAAAUUGGCAACUAAGACGAUUCCCAUUUUCUAUAGGUAACUGUGCUCCAGUUUUAUGAUUAACUUCAUAUUCAAAAUCAGAAACCGCAAGACAACAUCAACAAACACAGGUCUUACAACAUAUCUACAUGUGUAUAUGUGUAUAUAUAAAUCCAUGUAAACAUACAUGCAUAUAUAUGCAUCCAUAUGUUGGAAAACAAAAGGAAUAAGCUAAUACAUUUUGUUUCCUUCACCAAACCAGUGUAUAUGUAUUUUUAAUUUAGCAACCAACAAUCAACAUACUGAAAUAAGUAAUACAGGGUACUGAGCAUUUCUCAUAUCAACGCAUCAAUGCCCACGGUUCUUAUGAACCUUUGCAGAGUUUGACACUACAAUAGUACUGUACCUCGGAACAUCCAAGUUAACUAGUUCUCACAUUGCCUGUCUAAUUGCUCUUUUUCAAGGAUACAAACAACAUUGUCCAUCAGUGAUUUAAAAGCAAAAAUGUCUUAAGAAAAUGGAAAAUGAUAAAAAAAAUUCCUCCCCGGAGGAGAAAAAAAAAAAAAUGAAACAAAACCCCACCCUG